GAGAGAGAGAGAUUGAAUCCCAGCCUCACAUUUCCAGUUCCUGCGCUCGUGUAACCGGACACUCGCAGGUGAAUCUCAGCCAGGUUCACAGCAGAUCAGAGACCGGGGAGUGGUUAGAGAGAAAGGUAAUCAGACCUGCAUGACCCCUCCUCUCCAAAGACAGCGCUGAACGUUCUCCAGGAGAUACUCAAGCCUUCACAGACUCCGCCGGAGCAGGAAAUGCCGUGCUGCCACAUUCCAGAAAAAAAACACUAUGGAAAUGUUUAUAGGAAGUCGUAUCCACUGGUUCUGUGAGUUUCCUUUCACUGGACUAGAGCGACACUGAGGCACUUCAGACUCUGUUUUCUUUCUCUCGUUUGAGAAUCACACUGGAACUGCAUGGAAUGAAAGUUUUUCCAAAUGUUUUAGUGGCUCACAGCUCAUUAGAACUGGAGUGUGUGUGUGUGUGUGUGUGUGUGUGAGAGAGAGAGAAGCCCGGGGAUUUUCAUGCACAAAAACCUUUUGUUUUCUCCAGUCUGUGAAACUAGAGUGCAUGCAGGUUGAAGUAAAACCACAACAACUAUGCAGCUAUUGGAUUAUACUUCUUAGGAUUCAAUGCAAACAGGAUUAUGGAUCCAGACCACACUAGGAGCUCUUUGAGGUUCCUCGAGUCAGAUCAGAUGCCGGCUGUGUUGACAUCAUUCCGAACAUUGCCUGAGGAAGAUGCUAAUGGUCAUAUUGGAGCAGUGGAUCCUUUGAGCCUGAAAUCUGGAGGUGGUUUGGAGGAAAAUGUGGAUCUGGAGUCCUCUGAUCCGUGUGUGGUGCAGGUGACAAGGGUGGAGACGUACAUCGACGAUGAGGAAGACAUGACAAGCAUUCAGGAAAGGGAUCAUGAAGGAUCUUCGGACAGACUCGAGCCGUUCGUUGUCAAAGCCGAGAGUCUCGUGGAGAGAUCGCUUAAAGACGUUUCGAUUCUGAGCCGGACAGGUCCAUACGCGAAACUCAACCGCUCGCUGGAUUUCUCUCGUUUCUCCGACGAUUCCAGAAAAGAAGUGGCAUCUCGGAGCGUUCAUAAAGUCGAUUCAGCCUCAGAAUUACUGAACAGAAGUUUAGUUCCUCCUCUCAAACCUGAUUCUGAGUCACAUCAUGUUGAGGAUGCUGCUUUGGUUUCAGAUGACUCAAACCAAGAACAGAAUUCCGGAGAAGAUCCAACAUCUCCGACCGAUUCCCAAAAGAGUCCAGCUUCUGUUUUACCCUCCCCAGAUCUCUCUUCUCCGAUAAAAGACUCCAAACAGGACAACAGACACCAGCUGCCGGCUCUGUUCAGCGGGAUACGAGUGCUGAAGAAAGGAGCGCUCGGAGACGAGAGGGACACGCUUUCGGAAAUCAAACAGCGAGAUUCGGAUCGAUCGCUGCUGAGCCUCAAUCAACACGUCAACAAAGCCAAACUCCAACAAGCUAAAAAGAAAACCCAAGUCAGAAGUCUGUCUGAAAUCACCGGUCUGUUGCAGAAGGUCCAACAGAACGAGGAUAAAUCCCACUCUCCGGAUCCCAGCGCAGAUUCGUCAUUCGAUGCUGUAAAAUCCAGAUUAUUCAGCUCGAAACCCGUGAAGAAGGAUCCUGUGGAGGCAGCGCUGGACCUGGACGCCGUCCGGAGGAAGAAGAAGAACGAUAAAGAUCUGCUGAGGUCCAUCUUUGAGAGACAGCUGAGUAAAGCUCUGGUCGCUGACUCCAAGAGUCCUACAGAGGAGGAAUCUGAGGUCACGUCUCCGUCUGAUGGUGAGGACCGAACCCCUGGCCGUCUGCAGGCCGUCUGGCCUCCACCCAAAGAUGACGGAGAGGAGAAGGUGGGCCUGCGCUACACUGAAGCCGAGCACCAGGCCGCUCUCCUGCAGCUGAAGAGAAAGUUUAAAGAGGAGCUGGAGAAACUGCAUGCAGAUUUCGAGCUGCAGAUCUUCCAGGUUCGAGGCGAGCAUGCGCAGGUCGUGUCUCGUCUGGAGUCGCUCAUCAGCAGGAUGCAGAAGGAGCAGGUGUAUAAUACUGUACAGGAGCGCGGCGAGCUGCAGGACAUCUGCGUCUCCACCGAAGACGACCAGCCACCCAAAAGCUUCCGGAACGUGUGCAUCCAGACGGACCGCGAGACCUUCAUCAAGACCCCUGAGAGCGACGGGGCCAGACCAGCGCUGGGCUCCAGCCCGCCCAAAAAACUGGACCUGGACUCAAUCAGCAUGAGUUUGGGAGUGAGUCCAGGACCGCCUCCUGCCCCUCCUCCUCUACCUGGUAGCUCCGCCCCUCCACCUCCUUUUCCUGGUAGCUCCGCCCCUCCUCCUCCUCCACCCUUACCUGGACUUUCACAUGCCCCGCCCCCUCCACCGCCUCUCCCAGGAGCCCCGCCCCCUCCUCCACCCCUCCCUGGAGCUCCACCCCCUCCUGGACUUUCAGGAGCUCCUCCCCCUCCUCCACCCCUCCCUGGAGUCCCGCCCCCUCCCGGUCUUCCUGGAGCCCCGCCCCCUCCUCCACCCAUGCCGGGAUGUGGCGCUCCUCCUCCCCCUCCUGUUUUUGGCGGGUUUGGAUUCGGACAGGCGACUGAGAAAGCUCCGCGUAAACCUGCUGUCGAGCCGGCCUGCCCCAUGAAACCGCUCUACUGGAACCGCAUCCAGAUUCAGGACCAGAAUAAUAACACACUCUGGAGUUCACUGGAAGAGCCUGAUAUCAUAAACACUCAAGAGUUUGAGGAUCUGUUCUCCAAAGCCACCGUCCAGCCCAAGAAGAAACCGCUGUCAGACACGUACGAGAAGAAGAACAAGACCAGGAAGCUCAUCAAGCUGCUGGAUGGGAAACGCUCUCAGGCCGUGGGAAUAUUAAUAUCCAGCCUCCAUCUGGAGAUGAAGGACAUUCAGCAGGCUGUUCUGACGGUGGAUCAUUCUGUGGUGGAUCUGGAGACCAUCGAAGCUUUAUAUGAGAACAGAGCUCAGCCUGAUGAACUGGAGAAGAUCAGAAAACACUACGAGACGUCUAAAGAAGACGAGGUGAAGCUCCUGGAUAAACCUGAACAAUUCCUGUACGAACUCUCACAGAUUCCCGACUUCGCCCGCCGCGUGCACUGCAUCAUAUUCCAGUCUGUGUUUGUGGACUCCAUAUCAUCCGUCCAUCGGAAGCUGGAGAUCAUCUCUGCUGUGAGCAAGGCUUUUCUUGAUAAUGACAGUGUGAAGGACGUGAUCGGCCUCAUCUUGGCUUUUGGAAACUACAUGAACGGUGGAAACCGGACCAGAGGACAGGCGGACGGAUUCGGACUGGAGAUUCUGCCUAAACUAAAAGAUGUCAAGAGCAGGGACAAUCGUAUGAGUCUGGUGGAUUAUGUAGUGUCAUACUACCUGCGAAACAUGGACAAGAACGCAGGAACAGAGAAGAGCGUUUUCCCGCUUCCUGAACCUCAGGAUCUCUUCCACGCCGCUCAGGUCAAGUUUGAAGAUCUCGCAAAAGACCUUCGCAAGUUAAAGAAGGAGCUGACAGCGUGUGUGAAGGAGGUUGAGCAGGUGUGUGAAAACUCCUCUGAGGAACAUCUACAGCCCUUUAAGGACAAGAUGGAGAGCUUCGUCAGCACCGCACAAUCACAGUACGAGACUGAAGACGAGCGACUGCAGGCGGCACAGAAGAGUUUCCAGGACAUGGUGAUGUACUUCGGGCUCAAACCCAAGUCUGGAGAGAAAGAGGUUUCUCCAAAUCAUAUCUUCAUGCUGUGGUACGAAUUCUGCAAUGAUUUCAAGAGCAUCUGGAACCGAGAGAAUAAAAACAUCUCCAAAGAGAGACUGAAAGAAGCUCAGCAGACCGUCCAGAAAAUCACGGCUGAGAAGAAAGUGGAGACAAAGAAGACCAACGCAAACAGUCUGAAAGAGCGACUGCGAAAGAAAGAAGCCGGCGUGUCAUCCAGCUGAGACAGACACAGAAGCACCAGAGAACCGUGUGGAACCACUUCAGUAUGAGACAAACGUAUGUUAUUAGGUCAAGAAGAAACAUCUGACAUCGAUAUAUCUAUCAGAAUCAGCUGUGCCUCAUAUUCAUCGAAGGGUCGGUGUUAUAUUAUCUGUGUCUCGAUGUUUCAACACAUUUUCCUUUUGCCAAAAUGAGACUUGACGAAGCACUUUUACGCUCCUUCUCACUCGUGGAGUCUAUGCAAUGUCCUCCGUUUCAGAAGAGAAAUGUGCAAAUCAUAUCCAUGCAUUAAAUGUGAGAACAGUAUGAUGGGGAACGAGUGUCAUCGACUACAUCUGAUGACAUUUUCAUGUGUAACCGAGUCAAAGUCAAAGGCUUUAUUGAGGAAUACCGUGUUAUGAGGAUGUCAGAAAGUGGUUUUGCUUCCCUGUUGGUUUAUGUUGUAAUGCAUUCUGUCAUUUAUCCAGUUAUUUCAUGCGCAGAUGUGUUGAAAACGUCCUGGAACAUUAUCACAGUGUCAGAUUUUAUUGACAUUUUUUUAUUUUAUUUCCUGUAACAAUUUGUACAUUUAUUAGGUGCAAUAAACGUUUUGGACAUCAGCGAAAUGAAACAUAAGAAACUGUGUCUUCUGAUUUCUGAAAAAGUAUUUACAUUAAAACCACACUUCAACAAUAAACUCAUAUAGUUGUUCAAUCAAUGCAACACUGAUUUCCAAUACGUUUUUUUAAUAGUUAUUAAAUUUUAGGUCCUUAGAAAGAUGGUUUUAUUUAAAUAGUGUUUGGUUUUUACUCUCUUCAUGAACUUAUUGUCUUGUAAAUGAUCUAACAAGCAAAUCAAAAUGUGAACUUUCUAGAUUAUAUAUGGGAGGAACAAUGCAUUUAGAUGAAGUUUCUCAAAGCGCCUGCAGUUUUAUGACUGUCGAGCGUUAAAAAGCUUUCGCACUACAUUAGCUGGUGUGUUUGGCUGUGGAUGCGGUUGAGCUCAGUGCGUAAAACACACAGCGUGAAAUUGAUUUCUGUGGUCGUUUAUGAAGCGUUUAAUCAUGUGUUCGACAGAGAGAGAGAGAUCAGGGGUCAAAAUGUUUGACCUUUUAUUAAUACCAUCUUCCC